AUGGAAUAUGAAAAGAUAGCAGUAUUUGAAUGUAUGUACUGCUGCUGCAAAAAGUACAAAAAGAAAAAGGUUUUAUAUGAACACAUUCGGGAAGUACAUAAAGUACCUGUUGUGGCUGAAGGAAAUUUGAAAUGUCCUAUUAAUGCCUGCAAUUUUUCAUGUAGAACGUUUGAAGAGUUAAGAAAUCACGCAAGAGAUCAACAUGGAUACACUCUUAACUCCGUUGAAAUGACAUUUAAUACAUAUGAAGAUUUCUUACAAUGGAAAAGUGAGGAAGAACGAAGGGAAAAAAUUUCUUACUUUUUGAGAAGUACAAUAACUCUUAAAGAAGGUGGGAAAAAGAGUUACUUCCUUUGUAAUCGAUCUGGAUUUUAUAAUUCUAAAAGUAAAGGUGUAAGAGCUAUAAAAUCACAAGGUACCUGCAAAAUAGAGGGGCACUGUCCAUCUACUAUUGAAGUUACCAGUAAUGGCAUUAUUAAGAUUUUAUAUUUCCAAACACACGUGGGACACACAGUAGAUCUAGAACAUUUGCCAUUAACAAAAGAUUUGCGAGAAGUGAUUGCAGGUAAGUUAAAUGAAGGCAUUCCACCACAGAAAAUAUUAGAUUCCACAAGGAAUAGUAUUAAAGAAGACAUUUACAGGGAGCAUUUAUUGACAAAAAAAGACAUACAUAACAUUUCUUAA